GAGAGAGAGCGAGCCAACAGCAGGCGAGAGACGAACCGGCAGAGCGCGAGGAGAGAGAAAGAGGGGGAGGUAGUGAAGGAGAGGAGUGUGCGCGCGGCCGCCGUGAGGGUCCGGGUGUCUGAAGAACGAACGACACGGUGAGGGCGAAGACCAAGAGAGAUUGACAGACCAGCCGACAGAUUGAAUGAAGCUGCACCUGGGGCUUCUGAGGGCCCCUCCCAUGCUUUGAUUUUCACCACCAUCUUUCCUUCUAAACGUGGUUUAACUCAGCCGCCACCGACCAUGCCGUCCAACAGUCCUGCUGCCGGCGAGCCCCCGCAGACGCCAGAGAAUGAUGCCUCCAACGAUGUGAGUGAAGACGGAGCAGACCAGGACAGUCCUGAGGAAGGGACGCCAGCGAGCCCCCACAACAAGCGCAGAGUUGGCCGUCCAGGCAGGAAACGUAAACAGCUGCUUCCUGAGAUGGCCACCUCUGACCCCUGUGCAAACGCCCCCCCAACUCCCCCUGAGGAGCCCGAGCCCUCGCCAUCCCCUCGAAAGAGGCGUGGGCGCCGGAGACUAGAGCAAACCGACAAGAAUAAAGAGGAGCCUGACGACAGAAACUGUGACUCUCCCAGGGAGGGGGAGACCGGGAGGCUGCGGAGGAGGCCGGUCCCCAGAGUGACCUUCCAGGCUGGAGAUCCGUACUACAUUAGCAGGAGGCAGAAGGAAGAAUGGCUGAGCCGCUGGAAGAUGGAGGCUGAGCGGCGCGCCUACAGAGAGGCGGAGAUUAACAUGAUGGACGACCUAUCAGAGGCGGACUUCCAGAAAGACGAGGAACCCAGCAGCCCGGCCCCACCCCCAUCCCAACAGCACACUGACCCCGCCUCUCCCACUGUAGCUGUGACGCCGGAGCCGGUAGCCAGGGGAGACCAGGCCACGCCCAGUGAAAUCGAGUACCAGGAUGGCCGCGGCUUCGGCAUCGGCACUCUGGUGUUCGGGAAGCUGCGGGGUUUUUCUUGGUGGCCUGGUCGCAUCGUUUCCUGGUGGAUGAGCGGCAGGAGUAGAGCUGCAGAUGGCACUCGCUGGGUCAUGUGGUUUGGUGACGGCAAGUUCUCUGUGGUCUGCGUGGAGAAGCUGAUGCCUCUGAGCUCCUUCUCAUCUGCUUUCCACCAGCCAACAUACAACAAACAGUCUAUGUACCGGAAAGCCAUUUUUGAGGCUUUGCAGGUGGCCAGCGUGCGAGCUGGGAGGCCAGUUCCUUCCUGUGACGCCAGCGAUGAUGCGGAGGGGGUGGAGCUUCAGACCAGACAGAUGAUAGAGUGGGCCAUGGCGGGCUUCCUGCCCACUGGUCCGCAGGCCCUGGACCCUCCAGAGGAAGAACGAAAUCCAUAUAAGGAAGUGUACCCAGAAAUGUGGGCGGAGCCUGAGGCAGCCUACACACCUCCACCUGCAAAGAAACCGCGCAAGAACUCAGCAGAGAAAGCAAAGAUCAGGGAAGUGAUCGAUGAAGGGACCAGAGAGAGACUUAUACAUGAAAUUAAAAAGAAGACCAGGAAUAUAGAAGAUAUUUGCAUCUCCUGCGGAAGCCUCAACGUCUCUCUGGAGCAUCCUCUCUUCGUGGGAGCCAUGUGUCAGGGCUGCAAAAACUCGUUCCUGGAGUGCGCGUACCAGUACGACGACGACGGCUACCAGUCCUACUGCACCAUCUGCUGUGGAGGCAGGGAAGUGCUCAUGUGCGGCAACAACAACUGCUGCAGGUGUUUCUGCGUGGAGUGUGUGGACCUGUUGGUGGGCGCUGGCUCGGCGGCGGCAGCCAUCAAAGAAGACCCCUGGAACUGCUACAUGUGCGGGCCGCGGAGCACCUACGGGCUGCUGCGGCGGCGUGACGACUGGCCCUGCAGGCUGCAGCAUUUCUUCGCCAACAACCACGAGCAAGAGUUUGAGCCGGCGAAGCUGUAUCCUCCAGUCGCAGCAGAGAAGAGGAAACCCAUCCGGGUCCUCUCCUUGUUUGACGGCAUUGCCACAGGCCUGCUGGUGCUCAAAGACCUGGGCAUCCAGGUGGACAAGUACGUGGCGUCAGAGGUGUGCGAGGACUCCAUCACCGUCGGCAUGGUGCGGCACCAGGGCCGCAUCAUGUAUGUGGGGGACGUACGGAACGUGACCCGCAGGCAUAUUGAAGAAUGGGGACCCUUUGACCUGGUGAUCGGAGGAAGCCCCUGCAAUGACCUCUCCAUCGUCAACCCCGCCAGGAAAGGCCUUUACGAGGGAACCGGUCGCCUGUUUUUCGAGUUUUACCGCCUGUUGCACGAGGCUCGACCAAAACCCGGCGAUGAGCGGCCCUUCUUCUGGCUCUUUGAGAAUGUAGUCGCCAUGGGAGUCAGCGACAAACGAGACAUCUCCCGCUUUCUAGAGUGUAAUCCGGUGAUGAUUGAUGCCAAGGAAGUCUCUGCUGCCCACCGCGCCCGCUACUUCUGGGGCAACCUGCCCGGCAUGUCCAGGUACAGAAACGUCACCUCAGCUCAAACUGAAGCAUUUGUUCAGAAAUGUAAAGAGUUUUUGGUCUGCAGACCUCUGACACCCAUGGCCAACGACAGGUUGGACCUCCAAGGAUGCCUGGAGCACGGUCGCACCGCCAAGUUUGAGAAGUUGCGUACGAUAACAACACGCUCCAACUCUGUGAAGCAGGGGAAAGACGAGCAUUUCCCCGUCUACAUGGACAACAAGGAGGACAUCCUCUGGUGUACUGAGAUGGAAAGGGUGUUUGGUUUCCCCGUUCAUUACACCGACGUGUCCAACAUGAGUCGUCUGGCCAGGCAAAGGCUGCUGGGACGUUCCUGGAGCGUCCCCGUCAUCAGGCAUCUCUUCGCCCCGCUCAAGGAGUACUUCGCCUGCAACUAGUCAUACAACAGCUCCUUUUUUUGUCUCACACACCGACAACUACAAACAGUAUGCAGCUAGAACAUGAAGGUUGGCUGGUGCAGUAUGACACUGAACAGACAAAAACACACUCGAUGUAAAGAACUGCUUCCCCAGACCCCGCGUAGACCACUGGCUGACCUUAGUGCCCUGGUGCUACUUUUCUAAUUUAUACACACUCUCGCCAGUGCAGGGUUUCUGUAAUGUAGUUCCUCAUACACACACUUUCCUGUCCAACCUUGAAAAUGAUGUCUUCUGGCUUUACUGUGUUGACCAGCUGAACUUCAGACCUCCAGAAGGGGGCAGCAGAGAGGCCCCAAUCUUUCUGUUUUUAACGUGUUUUUCUGAACAACACACCAAUGACUCAUUCUGAACUGUAACACUGUAUUCCUGUUUAGAUACAAAGCUACUGGUGUACUACAGUGCAAUGAACACAGAUACAACCACACACACACAUAAACACACCGGUUAGUGCUUGUGGUGCUGCUCAGGCAAAUGGUGCCACUUUAACACAACACUUUUACAGUUUUUGGUGCUUUUGAGACUGAACGCUCUUCAGUUGAUUCAUUGUCAGUUUUUAUUUUUUCCUUUCAAAACAAGCUGACAAUUGCAGUGGAGAGUCCAGCUGUCAACAUCAGAUCAGCCUUUUUCUGCUGGAUUGAAG